AUGGGGGCUAUCUACUCGUUUUUCUUUCGUUCGUCUUUUACUACCAAUAAUGCCGAACCGUCAUCACCAGUCGAACGUCAACUUUAUUCAUGGGAGAAACCCGAACGAGCAACAAUUAGAAAAGAAGAUUUUAUUCUUGAUAAAUUAAAAGAUCAAACCAUCUAUCGAUUACCAGGCUCUGUUAAUGGACAACAAUUUAUUAUUCAAAAUUGUGAUAAUUGUACAAUAUAUGUAUUUGAUCAUACUAAUUGUAUACAAAUUGAUGAUUGUACUAACUGUCGAAUCUUUAUUGGUCCCGUUCGUGGUAGUAUUUUCAUUCGAGAUUCAAUAAAUUGUGUAUUAGCAACAAUAUGCCAACAAUUUCGUACUCGAGAUUGUCGUGAUACAUAUGUUUUCUUGUCUUGUACAAGUCAACCAGUUAUUGAAUCUUCACAUAAUAUUAAAUUUGGAUGUUUAACAAUUAAUUAUGAACAACUAGCUGAGCAAUAUAAAUCAGCUGGUAUUAGUCCAUGGAAUAAUAAUUGGAGUAAUAAUCAUGAUUUUACAUCAAUUCCCGAUGGAAAAAACUAUUCAUUACUUGAUAAAAAUGAAAAUGUUUUUAAAUAUCUACCAAUUCCAACGGAUUCAUCUUGUAAUUUUUUAAAUAUUAAAGAUGAUGUUGAUACGAGUAUUACUCCAUAUACAUAUGGUGAAUUAUAUCGUGGACAAAAUGAAGAACGUUGUUUGGUAAUAUUUUUUCAUGAUAUCAAUGCUGAUGCUUGUGCUCGUGCAUUGAUCACAACGGCGAAACAAUCUGAAAUUGUACUCGUACAAAGUAAAUCUUAUACAAUUGAUGAAACGAAUCUUGAACGACUUUUUGGUAAUGAUCGAAAAUAUAAUUCAUUAGCUGAAAAAGGUCCUGUUAUUGGACUUGAAUUUGCUGGUACAAAUUGUGUAUCGAUGUGUCAAGCAGCACUUCAGAAUUUAUUAACAACAAAAUAUCAAAAUUUACCUCAUUUCAUCAGUCAAACACCGGCUGAGGUUGCUGCACAACUUGAUAAAUUUUAUAAUUUUGCUAGUAUACAAAUGUUUGUAUAA